UCCGCAGUGAGGAGCAGAGGCGGGGUCUGCCACCGACCACUCCCGUCCGGGUAGUGGACUGCAGCGGCCGAGCAAGCAAGCCGAGGCCUCGGCUUCCCUGCACUGUGUGUGUGUGUGUGAUGAACAGAAACAGUUGUUGGCUGUGCUGCCUCAUCAAACGUCUGCAUCUUGUCCUCAUUCGGUAGGGGACGAACUCAACGAUUCAAACUUUCCUGAGGCGAGGGGAAUUGGCCACUGAUACAUUGCUCCCAUUAUAAUGUCACACAUCACCACCACCCUAAACCACAAUGAAGGGUAGACACGUCCUUGUUUAAUAAACUGAAGAGUCAGGGUCGUGACCGCAAAAACAGGAUCUUCGGCCCGACCUUUCCAUGUCGAGCAACACAUAUCAAAGUUGCUGGUGAACGCAGCAGGCCAGGCAGCAUCUCUAGGAAGAGGUACAGUCGACGUUUCGGGCCGAGACCCUUCGUCAGGACUAACUGAAGGAAGAGCCAGUUUCCAGCAUUUGAAGAAUUUCUCGCGUUUAUCAUCCAGAUUAUCUGCUCAGAUCGGAGCCUCUAGAAUUCACAUGGCAAUCGAAUUAAUCAAGUAUGGUACAUGGAAGGUGGGAGAACAAUGAGUUGCUUGCCACAGAACAACCUGCAGAAACAGCUCGAGCUGCACUCGGAGAAAGGAGUACCAAAUAAGCUUUCCCUGGGCAAAAGCAAACAAGGGACAUUCACGUUCAAGAAGGUUCCCCCAGGCACUGUUGGAACUCCCAGUCUACCGCGAUUAACCUGCACCGGUGCUCUGAAAGACAGGGAUGUGAAUGUUCUCAAGCAAGCAACCCUGAGUAAAACUGUAUCAACUCCAUGCUCGCCAAAGCCUAGUGAUCUGCCACUCAAGAUCAAUAACUUUCAUGAAUGUGCUGUCAAGCAGGUGGACGUGACAUCACGAUAUGUCGCUCCUUUGGCUGGAUCCCCAUCUCUCAGGCAAAGUGCAGCGGCUGACCCUGUUUCUAGGAAGUUUGAUCCAGAUCAGUCGUUAGGCUCCAUUGUUGGUCUGGAUGACUGGGAUGAUCUGGAUGACUUUGAACCCCCAAAGAAAGAAAAAAGUGGCUUGAAAUCAACUUUGUCUUCUAGCACCGAGCAGCCAGCACAUGAACCUAAUAAAGUGAAGCUUUUAAACACUAGUGCUUUGACUUCACCCAAAGCUCUAAAUGGAGACAGUCUUAAUGUGAAGCCAGUCAGUGAGGACCAGAAUGCAACUUCUUUGGGCAAGAGCAGCACAGCGAUCCAGUCACCGGGUAGACUCUGUACAGGGUCAAAGCAGGUUAAUGACCUUGAAGUCUGCCUGGUCAGCUCCCAGCAGGCUUCCCACUGUGACAAUGAAGAUUCCACCAGGUCAUCCACUCAAAAGAAGAUAAGUUUUUCAGGCCCACGGAUUAUCUUGAGUGACAAUGACUCAGUUGGCGGUGAGGAGGAUGCAGAAGAGAAAAUUGACCUUACAGAUGUUGACAUCCUUCUGAGCAGCCAGCCACAACUUAAUGCCAUCCACUCAGAGAGCAGCAACCAGGAUCAAACACAGAACGAGGACUGUGAAGUUGAUUUUAUUCCACCGUCCCCCGAAAGUGAUCAGAUGUCUUUGCCAUCCUUCUUCAAAUGUCUCAGUGAUUCAGCAGAAACUGUGCGUUCUCGAGAGCAAUUUGUUUCAUCAACAGAUCCACAACCACAAGAUGAGGAUCAUACCAACGGAUCAUCCAGCAGUAGAGUGGAUAAAGGUAGUUCAAUGGGGUACAGCAAGCAACUGAUCCAAGUGAUGGAAGAUAUCUGUACCUUGGUUGACCAGAUCCCUGGGAGUGAACUGCAGGUUUUGUCUUGUGCCAGUCAGCUGCUUCAGCAGAGAGCACUCCGGAAGAAGCUAUUGGCUAAUCAGAACGAAACACAGAAAUUACCAAACAAAGAUAUUGUGAAGGUUGCUUCCUGGCCGGUACAGAAUUCUUUAAGAAAUGAUAACUCUAUCAACUCAGUUCCUCCUGUUCACAUCUAUUCAAACCAGGGACGGUGUUCUCCAAAAACAUUUACAUUUAGGAAAUCUUGCCCAAACAACUCGACCCUGCCAGCGGAUAACUUUCUUAAUGAAGCAGAUUUCUUUGCACUGGAUGAAACUUCGUCACAAACUGGCACUACAAGUGUGCACUCGACUCCUGUCAUUGGCAGCAUGCAGCGUUUCCAAAGAAGCAAGCUUGAUUUUUCGGUAGGGAGGAGUGAAACAUCCUCCUCGACUACCAGCCAGUACAAGUAUUCUCCUUCUGCUCAUGUCUUGAACAGAUCCUCUAAUGGAGAUGUCAGAAGGGAGGCAGAUGGAUGGCCACCAGUCUCUACUGAAAGCAGGGUUACUUCUCAUAAUCAGAGGCUACCCAGCAUACAAAGCAAGAAUCGCAGCACUGAGGGGGAGCCGCUACUGGAUGAUGGCUUUGAUAUUGAUAACUUCGACAUAGAAGACUUAGAUGAAGAAGAAACCGAGUGUUUUGUGCAUUCGGCAAGUGGUCCUACAUCCAGUGUUACAUCCCAUGUUCUCCCCAUCCGGGAAGGAGGGUCCAAAAAGUCCUGGGAGAAGAGAAUCCCGCCACAAGAUGUUGACGUCAAAUCUCAAACCACACUAUGCCCCACAGGGUCUUCCAGUGAGCAGUGGCUCUCCAAAGACCCAGCUCUGGAACGUUUCCGAGGCUACCACUUUCCACACUCCAAAGAGAUGAUGCGGAUUUUCCACAAGAAGUUUGGGCUGCACCAUUUCCGAACCAACCAGCUGGAAGCAAUUAAUGCAGCGCUGCUGAAUGAAGAUUGCUUUGUUCUGAUGCCCACUGGUGGAGGAAAGAGUCUGUGUUAUCAGCUGCCAUCCUGUCUGACCCCAGGAGUCACUGUUGUAAUUUCCCCACUCAAGUCACUGAUCAUGGACCAGGUGCAGAAACUGACUCUGUUUGAUAUCCCAGCGACACAGCUGACUGGGAAUAAGAGUGAUUCAGAAGCUGCCAGGAUCUACAUGCAGCUGUCCAAGAAGGAUCCUGUUCUGAAGCUGCUCUACUGCACUCCUGAGAAGGUUAGCGCUAGCAACCGAUUGAUCUCAGCACUGCAAAACUUAUAUGAGAGGAAGCUUUUGGCUCGUUUUGUUAUCGACGAGGCUCACUGUGUUAGCCAGUGGGGCCACGAUUUCCGUCCUGAUUACAAGAGGUUGAAUGAACUGCGGCAGAAGUUUCCGUCCAUCCCAAUGAUGGCCCUGACAGCUACAGCCACUCCACGGGUUCAGAAGGAUAUCCUCAACCAGCUCAAGAUGCUGAAGCCUCAAAUAUUCACCAUGAGCUUCAACAGACACAAUCUGAAGUAUGAGGUCCUGCCAAAAAAGCCCAAGAAGAUUGCUGAGGAUUGCAUCGAAUGGAUCAGAAAGAACUACCCACACGACUCUGGGAUUAUUUACUGUCUGUCUCGACACGAGUGUGACACUGUAGCUGAAAAGCUGCAAAGGAAUGGGAUUGCUGGUCUGUCCUAUCACGCUGGCCUGGACGACGCCAGCAGGGAAAUGGUACAAAACAAGUGGAUUAACCAGGAUGGCUGCCAGGUGAUCUGUGCCACAAUUGCAUUUGGCAUGGGGAUUGAUAAGCCAGAUGUUCGCUAUGUCAUCCACGCCACGUUACCCAAGUCCAUGGAAGGGUAUUACCAAGAGUCGGGUCGUGCAGGAAGAGAUGGGGAAACUUCACAUUGUAUUCUUUUCUACAGCUAUAGUGAUGUCACCAGGAUCAGGCGCAUCAUCCAGAUGGAGAGAGAUGGGAACCAGUUCACCAAGCAGACGCACUUCAACAACUUGUACAAUAUGGUGCAUUACUGUGAGAACGUGGUGGAGUGUCGCAGGAUACAGUUGCUAGCCUACUUUGGGGAAAAUGGCUUCAACGCCCAGUUCUGCAAGGAGCACCCAGAAGUGACCUGCGACAAUUGUGUCCGGAAGAAAAAUUACAGGACCAAGAAUGUGACGGAGGAAGUGAAGCGAGUUGUGCGCUUUGUUCAGGAGCAUUGCGAUACUGGCAGUAGGAGGAAGUACCAUGCAGCCCAACCAUCCUGCCGGCUCACCCUGAACAUGCUGGUCGAUAUCUUCCUCGGAUGUAAAAGUGCCAGGAUUCAGUCCGGAAUAUUUGGAGCAGGGGCUGCAUACUCCCGUCACAACGUAGAGCGGCUGUUUCGGAAGCUGGUGCUAGACAAAAUUCUGCGAGAAGAUUUGUACAUCACGGCCAAUGAUCAAGCGAUUGCUUAUGUAACUGUGGGCGAGAGAGCACAGCAAGUUCUGAUGGGUUUCCUUCAGGUGGACUUUCAGGAGACAGAUAAUGCCAGUAGCAUUAGGAAGCAGAGGAACUCAGUGACGAAGAGCGUUUCUAAACGUGAAGAGAUGGUGAAGAAGUGUCUCACUGAUCUGACUGAACUCUGCAAACGUCUGGGCAAAAUCUAUGGGGUCCAUUACUUCAACAUCUUUAACACAGCCACCAUCAAACGAAUUGCAGAGUCACUGUCGUCAGACCCUGACGUCCUUCUGCAGAUAGAUGGUGUCACCGAAGACAAGCUGGACAAAUACGGAGGUGAACUUAUCGAAGUUCUCCAAAAGUACUCUGAAUGGCAACUACCAGAAGAGGAAGCUGCUGAAGCUGGUGAUUCCAGCAGCUGGAUAGACUGCCGGAGACCCCAGGAUGAGGAAGAAUCUGAGGAAACUUCAGUCUACUUCAGGAAAAACAGAGGGGGCUCCAUGAGGAAACGGAAGCGGGUCCCACAUUAUAAGAGAGCAAAGAAACGGAAAACUGGUUGCAACAGCCAACCACCUUCAAAAAGCUCCAACACAAAGUUUACAACAGCUUCCAAGCAUUUCAGCCACGGACCAGGCGCAGGGGUCAGGCGGCCGGGGGUAAUGCCACUGCCUGUUCCUCGUGGCACCACCAACCAACGACCGUUCCUCAAGCCUACCUACUCUUUAAGCUGACCGUUGGUUUUUGCCUGCCUGUGUGCAGUCCUUGACAUUCUUGUGACGUGAACAGAUGGAUGGUGCUAAUACCAGAUCUACAAGGAACAUCCAAAGCUUGUUCUUGUUCGCUUAAGUUCCUGGCCUACCACAGUCAGACAAGAGCUACUGAAUUAAGCUGCCAUUUUGUAGAACUCAUCUGACGGAAGGCACUCCGGCAGGUCGAGGCAGUACCCUUGAGUUAUGCUGCCAGCAGUAAUCAGCAGUCAAAGCUACUUUGCAUUUCCAUAUUGGUGGCUGUGAAGCUGUACGACACACCAUAAAUAAUUUUACCUGAAGAAUAUUUUGUUUUGAGACCAGGGUAGAAUUCUGGACAAUUAAUGUCUGGUCCUCCAAGGCUUCUCUAUCUAACCGGCCAGUUCCUCAGACCAGCUGUGGAACUGCACCAUUGGUUAAAUUUAACAAUCUAAGUUGGUUGCUGCUUUUAAAUUGCCUAAAGACCGUUCUUUGUGAUGUGUAAAUUAAAUGCAAUUUAUAUUUUAAUUCUUGAAGCCUGGUUACCAAGUUUGUAAAUUGUAUUUAUGCUCUGAAAUUUAGUGGAAUUGGUAAUUUAUUUUUGCCUGCCCUCUGUUAUUCACCAUAAUACUUUGUAGCCUCACUAACCUGAAUAGUGUCAGAUGUUCGUUGGUGACCCAGGUCACUGGAGGUCAUUCUGAGGCUCAGGUGGGAGAUGGAAACCAUCAGGUUGUCCUUUUGCCCUCAUCCUCUACCCACCUUUCCCAAACAGCUCAUUUUCAAUUAAAUUGAGCAAUAUCAGUCAUUUUGUACCCUUUUCACUGCUAUAAUGUACUACCAGUCUAUCUAUAUAUAUAUAAUUGUACAACAAAUGUAAAUUUCUUCUUCAAUUUUCCUGGAUUUUGUUUAGAGAAGAUCGCUUCGAUACUGUUGCUGUCUUUGCCAUAAUUACUGGUCCAAGAAUGUAUAAUCUAAUGUCAUACUUGAUGAGAUCCAACUAUAUAUUAAUUAUGCACAUACUUUUAAAAGAAUAAUUUCAACUGCAAAAUAAAGGGAUUCUGGACAGUAUAAUAUUCUGAAGAAUAAGGUCCGUUUCUAGCUGUUGCAUUUUAUUUAUGUGGCCACAAUUUAUCUAUUGUGUUUAUCUCCACAAGUUCAUUCACUGUGAGGUCCAAUGGUCACAAGAUCUAUCUUUCCAGCUGAAAUUUUGCAUUUUACAAAUUCAAAUCCUGAGAUUUAGAUUUUAACAUUUGUCUAAUGGUAAGUGUGAAGGAUAGCAUUUAUGUGAAUCGUUUAAGAAAAUGCAUGAGCCAAUAAAGGUUUAGAAAUUUUACAAAUCAUGCUU